ACAGGACUGGGUAUUGAAGAUCACAUCUUAACCAUGCUCGGGGUUUCCUUUCAUCGACGAUGUGCGGCAUGUUUUGUAUUUUUACUUAUUUACUGUGCUUCACAUAAAGUGACGACAACUGACCCUGCCUUUCAAAACUCGGACACUGCUACAGCCUUCACAAAAGCAAACAAAGAAUUUAUGUUAAAUCUCUUAAAGCAGUUACCAUCGGAAUCCAACAUCUUCUACUCGCCUUUUAGUAUUUCUACGGCCCUUGCAAUGGUUCAUUUGGGAGCAGGAGGAGAAACACUAAAAGAAAUGAAUCAAGCUCUUCAUUUUGGUAAACUCGAUAGAGACAUUUACUCCGCAUUCGGCAGGUAUCUAGAGUUUCAUUCGAAGGCUACUGGAAACAACACACUUAAUACAGCAAAUAGAAUCUACCAAAGCACGAGGUAUACAGCAGAAGAAUCAUUUCUACAAAGCUCUGCCAAAUAUUUCAGUGCAACAGUAGAAUCAGUGGAUUUUUCCCAGUCUGAAGCGUCAAGUAAGAAAAUCAAUUCCUGGGUCAGUCAGAAAACAGAAAACAAAAUCCAAAAUCUUAUUCCAGCCGAUGCAUUAAGCAGCCAAACGUUAAUGGUUCUUGUAAAUGCUAUCUACUUCAAAGGAAUUUGGAACAGUAAAUUUGAAGCUAAGGACACGAAGAAAAUGGAAUUCAGGAAUGGCAAAGCAAAAUUUAUAACGGACAUGAUGUACCAGAUAGACCGUUUUAAAUUUUGUCAUGUUUCAGACUUGAGGCUUGACAUCCUUGAGCUUCCCUACGAGGGUAAAACAAUAAGUAUGGUAAUUCUUCUCCCUGUUGCUGUGGAUGGUUUAGAGGCUGUGGAAAGGAGUUUGACCGAGACUACCCUUAGAAACGCAAUGAGCACCCUAAAAGGACAACAAGUUGAAGUGUACCUUCCAAAAUUCAAAAUGGAGUCUUCCUUUCAGUUGAAGUGCUAUUUAUCGGCAUUGGGUAUGCCAUCAGCAUUUGACCCAAGCAGAGCUAGUUUUUCAGGCAUAUACAAAGAUCAAGAUGUAUUCAUGAGCGAGGUUUUCCAUAAAGCCUUUGUCGAUCUCAAUGAAGAAGGUACCGAAGCUGCCGCAGCCACGGGAGUCGUUAUUUCUAGACAAUUAUCUCCAGAGUUUCGAGCAGAUCAUCCGUUCCUCUUUUUCAUUCGUGAUACUGUAAAUGACGUCAUACUAUUUGCCGGAAGAUUUAAUAAUCCUGUCAGUGUUCAAGGGAUUCGCGAUUCAAAUAGUUCUUGCGAUUUAGGCAAAAUGUCUAAAGAGUUUAAAUCUGUUCAAGGGAUUCGUAAUUCAAAUAUUGCUUGCGAUUUAGGCAAAAUGUCAAAAGAGUCUAAAUCCAUAUUCGUACUGUUUGUAUAUGUUUUAAAGCAUAUGCUCAUAACAUCUGAAUGAAAUUUAUUCAAAUAUUCGUGAUCUGUUGUUUUCCUGAAUGAUAAAGAGGACGCUGACGCAGUAUAGGCAGCCUCCAAAUGUAUCAUGAUUACAUUCCUUAUCAUCCAGGUCGUGCCUUUGUUUAGUUGUUUUGAAAAUGAAACUGUUGAGCUUUAAUAUAUCUACAUGUACAUAUCCCAGAAGAUUUCCUGUGAUGAACUACAACUGAUAUUUUUUUUACAUAUGUUGCUAACAUAUGUAUGUAUAUCUUUUCUCCA